CACAAACAUCUCCCUAAAAAUUACAUUUAAAAAACCAAAAGAGUGUUAAUAAUUUAUGGAAAAAAAAAAGACCCCAUCCGAUCUAACCAACUACUUGAGGUUAGAUUCAAGCUUAAGUAAAGAAAGAAAAACCACCUCACUAAAGUGCCAGAACAACCAAGUCCACAUCACUUCAACUUCUGUCGGCAAACACCAACCCCAUUUCAAUUCCCAAGCAGAAAAAACACGCACUCACACACUGGAGGAGAGGAGUCAAUCUUCCCCCCAUUGAACUCGAGGGAUUCUUUCAGAUUCUGGGUUCAUCACUUCUCACUGUGUGUGUGUUUGUGAUUGCCAUUGUUUUGAUUUUUGAUGCCAUUUGUGAAUAAAGAUUGAAUCUUUAAGCUUUCUGGGGGCACUGAAAGAGAUUGUCAAAUGUUAGUCCAAGAUCGUCCAAAUGGGAAACCCCCAAAACCACCCCAAAGCAUUCCCAGACCGACUUCCCAAUCCGAAGAACAAGAGCUUCUUCCAACCUCUACUAGAUUUUCCAAGCCAAAAGAUCUUAAUUUGUCCAAUUGGGUUUGUGAAAAUCUGUACAGGGUCGUGAUUAUUUUCAUUCUGGUCACCACCGUUGCGGCCCUUUUCUUUCUCAGGAAUGGGGCUUUUGGCGGCGACACCUCUGCUUUGUUAUGUAUUCAGUCUUCGCAAGCUCAUUCCAUCCAUCCUCAACUUCCUCAAGUUAACUGGAACUCUAUCAGUCCCAUUACUGAUAAGUCCUCUCCUUAUGCUAGCUUUAGAUCAGAGAAGUGGAUCGUGGUGUCAGUGACCGAUUAUCCAUCCGAUUCGCUUGUGAAAUUGAGCAAGAUGAAGGGCUGGCAGCUUCUUGCAGUGGGCAAUUCGAAGACCCCUAAAGAUUGGAGUCUUAGAGGUGCCAUUUUCUUGUCUUUAGAUAUGCAAGCGCAGCUUGGUUUUCGUGUUGUUGAUUACUUGCCUUAUGAUUCCUAUGUUAGAAAAUCUGUUGGGUAUUUAUUUGCCAUCCAACAUGGUGCUAAGAAAAUAUUUGAUAUGGAUGAUCGUGGGGAGGUGAUUGAUAAUGAUAUUGGCAAACAUUUCGAUGUUGAAUUGGUUGGGGAAGAAGCUAGGCAGGAGGUGAUCUUGCAAUAUAGUCAUGAGAAUGUUAAUAGGACUGUUGUGAACCCUUAUGUACAUUUUGGGCAGCGAUCUGUUUGGCCAAGGGGAUUGCCAUUGGAAAAUGCAGGCGAGAUUAAUCAUGAGGAAUACUAUACUGAGGUGUUUGGUGGGAAGCAAUUCAUACAACAAGGGAUUAGUAAUGGGUUGCCGGAUGUGGAUUCAGUUUUUUACUUCACUAGGAAAACGGGGUUGGAGGCAUUCGAUAUCAGGUUUGAUGAGCAUGCGCCUAAAGUAGCACUGCCACAGGGGAUGAUGGUUCCAGUCAAUUCUUUUAAUACCAUUUUCCAUUCUUCAGCAUUUUGGGCAUUGAUGCUUCCUGUCUCCGUUAGUACAAUGGCUUCAGAUGUGUUGAGGGGCUAUUGGGCACAGAGGCUUUUGUGGGAAAUUGGUGGUUAUGUGGUGGUGUAUCCUCCUACAAUUCAUCGGAAAGAUAGAGUUGAAGCCUAUCCUUUCUCCGAGGAGAAGGAUCUUCAUGUCAAUGUGGGUAGGCUAAUCAAGUUCUUGGUGUCAUGGAGAUCCAACAAACACAGACUGUUUGAGAAAAUUUUGGAUUUGAGCUAUGUAAUGGCGGAGGAAGGAUUUUGGACUGAGAGAGAUGUCAAAUUUACUGCUGCAUGGCUUCAAGAUUUGCUUGCUGUUGGGUACCAACAACCUAGGCUGAUGUCCCUCGAAAUUGAUCGACCAAGGGCAAUUAUUGGUCAUGGUGAUAGGAAGGAGUUUGUCCCUCGAAAGUUACCAUCUGUACAUCUUGGAGUUGAGGAAAUAGGGACAGUAAAUUAUGAAAUUGGGAAUUUGAUUCGAUGGAGGAAGAAUUUUGGGAACGUGGUGCUUAUAAUGUUCUGUAGUGGACCUGUUGAACGUACUGCUCUGGAAUGGAGAUUGCUAUAUGGCAGGAUUUUUAAGACAGUUAUUAUAUUGUCACCACAGAAAAAUGUGGAUCUUGCUGUUGAACAAGGCGAAUUGGACCACAUGUACAAGUAUUUACCGAAGUUAUUUGCAAGAUAUACUAGUGCAGAAGGCUUUUUAUUCCUUGAGGAUGAUACAAUUCUCAAUUAUUGGAACUUAAUGUCUGCUGACCAGAGCAAGCUCUGGAUUACAAAUAAGGUGUCUAAGUCAUGGACAACAGUUUCCGUAGCUGGCAACUCAGAAUGGUUCACACAGCAAGCCGACUUGGUAAAGAAAGUAGUUGCCAACAUGCCUGUCCAUUUGCAAGUCAAUUACAAAGAAUCCGUCAAGAGCGAGCAGACUCUUACAAUAUGCAAUUCAGAGUUAUUCUACGUGCCUCGCCAUUUUGUUGCAGACUUUGUGGAUCUCGUUAAUCUUGUUGGUGAUUUAGACAUCCAUCACAAGGUUGCGAUGCCCAUGUUCUUCAUGGCAAUGGACUCACAACAGAACUUUGACCCUGUAUUAAACUCAAUGAUCUAUAAGAGAAAGCCACCAGGUAAUUUGACAAUGAUCUACUCUGCUGAAGCAGCAGCUAUUCAUCCAUGGAACAUAUCAAGUGAGCAAGAGUUCAUCAAGCUAAUAAGAGUUAUGGCAGCUGGUGACCCGCUGUUAAUGGAGUUAGUAUAAUCAGAAUUGAAAAGGAUUCGAUGAUAUUCAUAAAACCCUAGCAAGACAGGGAAAGCUAUACACAUGAAGUUGUCAAUACCAUAUUCAGCAAUAUUUUUUUACACCAUUCUUUGGAGACUGGAAGAUGUGGGGUAGUUCUUUUGUAGAGUUUCCUGUAUUAUUGUUGACCUGUGCAUUAGAUUACUGACAGAAAAAUGGAAGAUGGAGAAGAUACAGUGCUCCUGUUUUUGUAACCUUUUUGUUUUUCUUCAUAGAAGUAUCAAAAAGUUCUUUGACAACAUUAUCUGUAAAUUUUUUGAGCUUUAUGUUGAUUGUAUAAAAUGAAUCAGAAUCUCUGUUCAGCAAAUCCCAUCUUAUACUCUUGAAGGCAUGCACAUCGAAAACAUUUGUCUCGGGCUUCCGAAAUUGAAUCUUUUCAAGUUUUACUAUCA